AUGGAUUCAUUCGACAAAAGGCGCACUUUGGUUAAGUUCUUGUGCGAAAAUGGACAUAAAAAAGUCCAAACUCUUCGAAAAGUAACUGGAUUUCCUAGUACAACGUUGUAUAGAUGUGUUGCGGGUCUUGAACAGACAGAUGAAAUAAAAAUUAUUAAGUCUCCGGGCCACCCAGAGUAUCUUAGUUCAACUCAAAAAAAAAAACUUGAAAAUCUUGUGAAGAAAGAAAGGUCUGUAACCAGUAAAGAAGCAGCAGCAGCACUUAACAGUACAUACCCCAGCCUUAAUAUCGCAUCAUGA